ACGGAAAUUCAACACAUCACUAGUGCUGUUUUAAAUAGAUUUUAAGUAACCUUACGUUCUGUCUCAAAAAAAAAAAUUUUAUGAAAAUGACUUCUGGAUAUUUGAGUACUUAUCAAAUACCACUAAUCACAACAACAGACAAACAUCCAAAGCACGUUUGCGAGUCUGUGUCCGUUAAGCUAUCAUCGCAACCGGCGCUGAAGGUGGCUGCAAAUCGUUUUCACACUGCCGGAAAAGGAAUGCAGAGUGAGGCAGUUAUGAUGAAUAAUAUGGAGCAUUCAUCUGCAAUUGCAUCACAACGCAAACUGAAGAGGAAAAUGUGCGAAUCAGUGGAGGCCGAAGGCAAUAAUUUGGUUCUGUUUCAGGGCCGCGACGAAAGUUACCCGGACGAGCUAAACAAAUUGAUCCAUCCACUGUCCUGUCAAUUAUGCAAGUCACAGAUGACCUCGAUGAAGAGUGCCAAGGAUCAUUAUGAAUCCAAGGCUCACGAUCGCCACAUUAGCGCUUGGCUGGCCAAAAACUAUACCGAAAUGGGACUUCAGACACCGCCCAUUAAACGUCUCGUCAAACAGGGCCCGACCGGGCCAAAUGCAUUCCAUUGUAAUCUGUGCGAUCUGCCGCUUACCUCGAUGACCCAUGCCCGUCAGCACUAUGCUGGACGCAAACAUCAACUGGUAGUGCAGAAACGCUCAAAGCCAUCGGGCGCUGGCUACUACAAUUCAGACGGCAACUGGGUGCGCACUGGCACAAAGGCAGAGGCUAUGAUUGACGACGGUCGCUUUGGCAUUGGUGAGAUGUUCAUGCGAGGCGGAUCUGUAGCAGAUCUACAUGACAUGUCCAGUGACAUGAUGGACAUCGGCGAGGAGCAGCACCAGCUGAACGCUGUCGACGAAAGCCUUACCUGUAAAAUAUGCAAAAUCAGCGUCACAUCGGCAUCUCAAAUCCAAAUGCAUCUCGAUGGAGCCAAACACCAGAAGAAGCUACGCCAGCAAAAUCUCGACGAGGAUCCAAACGCACUUGAACUGCUCGGCGAGCAGCAGCAGUCAAUAGCAGCAGCUUGCAUCAUUGAUAUAAAUGGCGAUCUGUCCAUGUAUCGCACUCCAUCCGGCUCGUAUUACUGCAAGCUAUGCAACAAGGCAAUGAAUCAUAUAUCCAUUUUGCAGCAGCAUUUGCAAGGAAAGAAGCAUCUCAAGACUGUACGCCAGCAGGCCGAAGAGAUGAUCUCCCAAUAAGAAAUAAGCCAGACUAACUAUAUAAGAUAACAGCUGUGAAUGAUUUAGGACAGCAGAACAACAGCUGUAUAUCGCGAUUUCUUCAACCACUUAGUUAACUCACAUUUUAUGAUUUUUACCAAAUUUUGUUAUGCAUCCAUCAGCAUUUGGCGGAUGCCGUUGAAUGAAUUUUAUUUUGAUAUCUAUACAUAUGUCUGAAGGCGAGGGCCGUCGAGCAAUCAGAUCAACAAUCAGCACGGACCAUCUCGCUGGCUGCCAACAUAUGGAUUAUGUGCUAGAAGACACAGUUAUUUGUUAAUAG